AAUAUUUAGUAAUAUAGAAUAUUAUAUUUUAAAUAAUAAAGAAUUUUCAAAAAAUCGUUGAUGCAAAGAACGCAACAGUAUGUCUUUCUGGAACACAAUUUUCUUAUUUUUUAUCUGCUGCUUCAUAAUUUACGUUUAUUUUCAAAACCAAAUGAAUUUAUUUAAAAAAGCAGGAAUUCCACACCUGAAACCAUGGCCCAUUGUUGGCAACUUCUUACCAAUAUUAUUGAAGAAAACAACAAUAGCUGAAUUUAUAAUGAAUCUAUAUAAUUUAAAUCCAAAUGCGAAAUAUGUAGGAUUUUACGAAUACGGAAGACCAAUAAUUUUAUUACGUGAUCCAGAAAUUAUGAAAUUAGUUGCAAUGAAACGUGAGAUAUUUCCAAAUCGAAGAGGUUUUGAUCUUGGCAAUAAUGACUCAGUGAUGGGAAAAGAACUUUUUUCUGCAAAAUAUGAAAAGUGGCAGGAAAUGCGAAAGACAGUUUCACCUGCAUUCACACCGAGAAAAUUGAAAAUGACAAUGUCAAUAAUAUCACAGAAGACGAAAAUAUUUUUAGAUCAUAUUCUUCAGUUGAAUGAAGCAGUAGAAAUAGACACUCUCAAAUGGAUUCAGAAAUACAUUAUUGAUUUCACACAUGCAAAUACUUAUGGUAUUGAAACUACAACUGUCACUGACAACACUGAAGAUUUUUACAAUUUUUGCUUCGAUGCAGCAAAUUUGGAAAAAAUAGAAAAACGUAAGCAAUUUCAAUUAAUGUCAUCAUUUUUAUGGAACAUCUUCAAAAUGAGUUAUAUCGACGAUAAAGUUUUGGAAUACUUUCGAAAUAUCGUUAAACAUUCAAUAGCUCGAAGAAAAAAUGAAAAUUAUUUACCAGAAACUAUAAUCGAUCUAAUAAUAGAUUCCUCAAUUCAUAACAAAAAAACUAUCGAAGAACUUACAGCAGAAGUAUAUCUAUUAUUCGCAGCUGCUUUUGACUCAACUUCAUCAACGUUAACAUACUUUUGCUAUUACCUAGCAGUUAAUAACCACAUUCAGGAGAAAAUACGAGAAGAAAUUUUUUCCCUUCAAGAAAACGUUAAAAGAACAAAUACAACAUUUAAAGAAACAUCCAAUCAUAAAUUUUCAGAUGUCGAUUUAAAUUCUUUUCAACCAACACUGGAAGAUCUCGAUAAUCUCAAAUAUUUAGACGCAACAAUUAAAGAGACACUGAGAGUUCAUUCACUAUUACCAGUUGAAAGAGAAUCAGUGACAAAUUUUCAACUACCACCAGCAUUACCUGGUCUAAAAUCAUUCACCAUUGAAGCUGGAACACUAGUUUUAAUUCCAAUCGAACCUGUUUGUAAGGACCCUCAAUAUUUUGAAGAACCGGACAAAUUCAAACCCGAAAGAUUUUUCGACGAGAAAAAUUUUGUUUCUACAUUAGCAUUUGGAGUGGGUCAUCGCAAAUGUAUUGGCAACAGAUUGGUUCCACUGCUUGUGAAAUUAUUUACUUAUCACACUUUAAUUAGAUGUAAUAUUAGAACAUGUGAAAAAACUCCAAUUCCAUUGAAUGUGAGUAAUAAUAAGUUUACUAAAACACCGGAAAAAAAGAUUUGGUUGAGAAUAGAAAAAAGAAAAGUUCAAGGAGAUGAGAUUUAAAGAAUUUAGUCUAAAUUUAGGAUAAUAUUUAGGCUAAAAAAUAUUAUAGACUGUAUUAAAAAAUGAUAAUAAAUUAUAAGUAAAAUCUUGGCACAAUGUCCAUAAUAAUCAACAAAAAAAAUGUUUCAAUAAAUAUAUUAC